AUGGCGCGCAGCCGCGACCGGCUGCACGACGAGGCCGGCAGGCCGCCGCUGGCGGAGGGCAGGCGGCAGCCGCCGCCCGGGAGCGGCGGCCUCGGUGGGAGCAACACGGAGCCGCCCUGCGUCUUCGCCGGGGACGCCUGGGCGCCACGUCUUCACCAGGGGCCCGCGGGAGAGCUGGCAGGAGAGAUGGGCCAGAUCGAGACCACAGACUUCUCUGCCAUCAACGAGAGUCGGCACAGCAGCCGCCGGAUCGACACGUUCGGCACGCCCCAGUCGCUGUUCGAGUGGGAGGCGCCUGCGCUGACGAUGGAGCCUUGGCAGCAGCGCAUGCAGGAGGAGCUCCUCGCGGCCGUCCGGGAGGAGUUGCGCGACUGCGCGCGGCAGCUGAGCUUGGACACACGGCGGGCCGCCAAGGAGACCUCCGCGGCCGUGCGCGCGGAGGUGGCGGCCGAGACCGCCCUGACGAGGAAGGCCCUGGAGGAGGACAUCGCGGCCGCGCACAAGGACAUCCGCGAGAUCCGCACCGAGCUGCGCGUCGGCCCCGAGGCCGCGCUGCUGCUGGGCGAGGCGGCCGCCGCGGCGCCGAGGCCCCCGCGGCACGGCGGCCGUGCCGGGAGCCCGCCCGCCGGGUCGGCCGCGCUCGCCGGGCUGCUGGCGGAGGUGAGGCGCCUCGGCCCGCGGCUGGACGAGGCCACAGCGAGCCAAUGCGAUUACAUCUUGCUUCUUCACCUCGCGCUGCUGCUCUUCGGGAGCACGCCGAGGCAUAUCCUGCGAACGCAAUUGUUGCACCUAGUGCUGCACGAUCGUCCGCAGAUCCUGCACGCUACGAGGCUGUACGUUGCCAUCCGCCUGGCGCACGGCAGCCGCGCGGCGAGCCCGUCUGCCCGCUCGGCCGCGCUCGCCGAGCUGCUCGCGGAGGUGCGGCGCCUCGGUCCGCGGCUGGACGACGUGCAGGCGGAGGUGCGCCGGGCCCGGGGGCAGGAGGCCUCUACAGGCGGACGUCUCCCGCGUGCUCUCGCAGAUGGAGGACCCACCGAGGUCCGGUCCGAGCUCGGCAACUCCCAGGCCCGGAGCUCCAGGGACCAUGCCGAGGGUCUCGCGGGGCUCCGCGAGGCGGUGGGCGAGCUCGUGGGUCUGCAGGCUGUCUCCGGGCGCCGCGGCCGCCCGGGCGGCGGGCGGAUCUCUCGCGAGGACGUGGCGCUGCUCUCGGAGGGCAUGGCGGCCCUUCUGGCCGCGCUGGCAGAGGCCGGGGAGGCCAUGAGGGGCGUGGUGGCGGCUGGCAGGAACCAGCAGGAGGACCGCGCCGCAGACGCCAAGGACCGAGGAGGCCUCCGUGAUGGAAGCCUCGCUGCUAAGCGCGCUGCGCCUCGACGGGGCCCUGCUUCGCCGGGAGCUCGCGGCGGAGUGCAGCGAAGUCCUGGACGCGUCUCUGGACGGCGAGGGCGCCGCGGCCCCGCCAGGGCCGCCUCGAGCAGCCCUGGCGCCAGCGCAAGCCGGGGACUGCUGAGAGGACGGCGUGCCCUCGGAUCCGGGCGCUGCCACUUUUACACUCCCGCGCCUGUGCGCCCGGGGGUGUCCAGCUGCGUUACCGAACAUCGGCUUUGCUCGGCUGCACGUCAGAAUGGCCCCUCGCCGCAGUAGCCUUUCGUGCGGGCCCACUGGGGGCAUCCGAUCGUUGAAUGCGAUGCUGUAACAUCGGCUUGCGCGCCUGGGUUGGGCCCUCCACCGCGCCCCCUGAAGCUGCGCACCAGCGGCCACGCUUGCCGAGUGUCAUUUUUGCAAGUCGCCGACUGGCUCACUGCAGGCUUUGGGCGUCGCUCGGACGCGUGGGUUUCGUGUCUGUCUGUGUGCAUGUUUGUUUUUGCACGACUGUUGCUGGGAGCCUGAGGCUACCAUCGCCUCACAUGGCGCGCUUCACAAAGGUCCUUGCGCCCGAGGUUCGAAGGAGUCGGCAUCUCUUCCUCGGCGGAAGGCGGCGGAAGGUCAGCGGAAGCUGGGGGAAGCAAAGCGAGGCCGCCUCCGCCGGCGGAAGCCGGCAGAAGCUCGGCAG